UUUUUCGAUGUUCGUUUGAAGAAGAAGAGAUAAGAGACCAAAACACAGAACACAAAUUGAGCGGUGAGUUAACAAAACAACAAUGGCAUCAUCAUCAACAUUAUCUUCACUUCCAUUGCAACAUAGUUUCACCUCUAACUUGAACACUUCUUCUCAAUUUUCCAACAAAACUUCAAGGUUCUUAAUUUUCGCUCAGAAGAAAGCAAAGAAAACCCGAAAGAUUAUAUUGAAGGAAGAUAUUCUUAAUGUUGGAAAGAAAGGAGAGCUUCUUGAUGUGAAGGCUGGAUUUUUCAGAAAUUAUUUGUUUCCUAGUGGCAAAGCUCAGAUUGCAACUGCCGAUUUGCUUAAGGAAUUGAAGAUAGAGGAAGAAAGAAUUGAGGCUGAGAAACAACGGGUAAAAGAAGAGGCACUGCAACUUGCUCAAAUUUUGGAAUCAGUUGGGGCUUUCAAGGUGAAGCGUAAAGGUGGUAAAGGAAAACAAAUCUUCGGAAGUGUUACGGCUCAAGAUCUUGUUGACAUUAUCAAGGCACAGCUUCAAAGGGAGGUGGACAAGAGAAUUGUUGAACUUCCUGAGAUCAGGGAGACAGGAGAAUAUAUUGCAGAGUUAAAACUUCACCCUGAGGUUACAGCUAAAGUGAGUGUGAAUGUUUUAGCUAACUGAGCACUAAUAUGUUUCAAAAUGCCAUAUGCUAGAUGCACAAUUGGGAGUCACACAAUUGCACAAGUUGAAGGUGCAUCACCAUCUUUUGCGUUAUGAUGAUAAAUGUUCAGACUGUAUUCAAGCUUGCACAGUAGUUUUUGUAACUAUAGCUCAUGGCUCGGAUGAGACGAUGAGGGAAUCUUAAUGGACACUCUCAGAUGUGUGGACAUUGUUGGUUAUUUUAACAUUUUUGUUUGUCUUUUGGUAUCCCCUCCUUGAAUCAAUUUUCAGGACAAUAUUUGUAAUGUUGUACUUUAUGAGAAAAAUAUUUUAUUUUUUGGCAAUUCAUUGA